AUGUUCCUCGGCCAGCUGACCACUCUCCUGAGCCUGCUCAGUGGGGCCCGGUUGCACACAGGCUCCAGGAGGCCUGGACUCCUGGGGCCCCCACCUCAGCUCUGGGAUGCUACCAAUCAGACCCGGGCCCUGGGCCGAGGGACCCUAGGUUCCCAGGGACAGUCCUCUGCCCUCAGCAGCUGGAAGGCCUUCUUGGGCCUGCAGAAAACUGGGCCGCUGGGGAGAGGUGGCCAGCACCAUGGGCAGGAGGUGGCCCCAACCGUGUCUCUGCCACUGGACCCGCAGGAAGUGGCCCAGGAGAUGUGCAAGGCUGUGCCCUACACUCAGGUGCUCUCCCAGCCCGGCUGCUCGUCAGUUCACCUCCGCAAUCACCUCUGCUUUGGCCGCUGCUCCUCCCUCUACAUCCCCAGCUCGCAGCCCACCCCGCUCAUCCUCUGCAACAGCUGUGUGCCCGCUCGCAAGCGCCGGACCCCUGUCCUCCUGUGGUGUCGGGCGAGUCGCCCAGACUCCCGUCGACGGAUGAAGACAUCUACUGUGCUGGUUGAAGGCUGUCAGUGCAGCCCGAAGGCGUGA